GAGUGCGGGAUUGUCAAUGCGACCGCCAUGAGCCAGCAUGAUCUUUUCACAUUCAACGACCUACCACAACUUUCAACCUUCUACUUUGCCCUUCCGCUCCUUAUAUACCAUCAGACACAAGUAUACCGAGUAUAAGAACCACUAAAAGGGUCACAAGGUCAAGCAGGACCUGCUGUCGCGCAUCAUGUCGACCGAAAGACUACGCGUCUUCACGUUCAACUGCUGGGGCUUGAAAUAUGUUUCACAAAAUAGAACAGAACGAAUAGCUGCCCUUGCCAGAGCCCUUGCGGAGACGGACUACGAUAUCAUAGCUCUUCAAGAGCUCUGGGUGUUUUCGGACUACGAGCAUGUACGGGCAUCAGUCUCGAAGCGAUUGCCUCAUGCCAAGUUCUUCUACAGUGGUGCACUUGGAUCUGGACUUGUCAUCUUCUCUAGGUUUCCUAUUGUUGCCGCCACGGUACAUCCAUAUUCUCUGAAUGGCUCGCCUAUUGAUGUAAUAGCUGGGGAUUGGUUCGUUGGCAAAGCCGCCGCAAGCGUGUUGAUUGCCCACCCAACCCUUGGCCAAGUUCAGGUCUUCAAUACCCAUCUCUUUGCCAAAGGUGGUGAUGAAGGGCCUGAUCACCACAAAGCCCAUCGCCUUGUGAACGCAUGGGAGUUUGCAAAACUCGCGAGACAAGCUGCCGAACUUGGUAGAUAUGUCAUUGCAGCGGGAGACUUCAAUAGUGUUCCGACCGCUCCUCCUAUGGGCAUCAUUCGUGACCACGCAUCGCUAAUCGAUGCUUGGACUCAGUCGCAUGGACAUGUGCGCAAUCCUAGUUUGAGCAAUAUCCCGACUCCUGCCGAUGCCAUACACAUUCACGGAGUCACGGCUGAUUCUCCUUUAAACUCGUACUCGGCAGGGAAGACGUUGGAGCCCUACGCGCGAUGCUUCCAAGGAAAGCGUUUGGACUAUAUCUUUCAUAGACACCCUACGGUCUCGGCCGGAGAUGAGAUCCCUUCACUACGCUGUGUAGACUCUAAAGUCACGAUGACGGACCCCGUUCCCAGAUAUUCUUUCUCAUUCUCAGACCAUUUCGGCCUCGAAGCGACGUUUGAAAUAUCUCCGGCCGAAUCAGUCAUCGGUACUGCAAAUGAUACCUGCGCUGUCCAGAGUUCGGAAGCCGACUUUGCCUUGGCUUCCGUUUCGAAUCCACAGCCCAAGCCGGGACGCAAUCUUUCGCCGGACCUUAUCACCUCUACGCUACAGUCCCUCACGGCCAGAUACCGAUAUGCCCACUCGCAAGCACGCUUCCACCUUAUGGUCUUUGCGAUAUCUCUCUUCCUCCUUCUUUGCCUCAUCAUAGGUUCUGCAUGGCUCCCUCAUUCUUGGAUCAGUCCCAUAUUCAUGGUUGCUGCUGUUUUCCUGGCGUGGUUGGCGACGACGAUGCUUUAUGUCGGUUUUGUUUACGGGAAAUGGGAGACAAAUGCUCUCACGAACAUCAUAGAAGAACUAGAGAUUUACAAAGAAAGCUUGGAGGAGCAUGGUAGUGAUAGGCGGCGUGGCAGGUCGUAAUGAGCAUCGUGGAUGGUAUUCAGUUCGACUUACUUUUAUGUGCUGACUGUUCAUAUUGCUAUUUCAACCUUCUUUACGCAGCAGUUUUUUUAAUAAUUUCUCUUGCAUAUCCUUCAACCUACUUGAGACCCUCUUUCAAUCCAUUUUGUUAUGCGGCAACUUUAGUCGAGCUCUAUUAUGCGGAAUGCGUUUCUGUUGUUCUGAAUGUUUCCGUCAGUUUGAGCAAAUUCUCUGGACACUGACGUGAUAACUUU